ACGUAAUUUUUUGGUUUUUACUUUUUUGUAACAAGAGUUAUUUAUCACAGUUAAUUUUAUUUUUAUCAAUCAAUCAAUCACAAGCGAUGAAAGGAUAACAAUAAUUCAAAAAAAAAAAUAUAUAUUUAAAAAAAACACAAAAUAAUAGUGUAUUGAAAUUGUAUACAUCCAUACUUUUCAACAAUUACACGGUUUGUUUGGGCGAUGUACGGUGUCGAACACAUUCUAUGCCAUCCGAGGCACAUGCACAAAUCAAAUGGCUAUUAAAGAGACACACGGACACAGACAAAAGUUUGUGGAAGAAAUUGAUUACGAUGAAAUUGAAAAGCUUGAAAUUGUUGGAAAAGGGUCAUUUGGUGUUGUUUACCGUGGACGGUGGCGUAACAACUAUGUAGCUGUCAAACACAUUGACACUGAAGCUGAGCGUAAAGCAUUUACAGUUGAAGUUCGACAGUUGUCACGAGUCAACCAUCCCAAUAUUGUCAAAUUAUAUGGUGCAUGCACGUCAAAUCCUGUAUGUUUAGUAAUGGAAUUUGCGGAAGGAGGAUCAUUAUACAACGUAUUACAUUGUAAACCUGAGCCUCAAUACAACUUGGGACAUGCUGUUAGUUGGACGUUACAAUGUGCAGAAGGUGUAGCAUAUCUUCAUAACAUGAAACCUAAACCAUUAAUUCACCGUGAUUUAAAGCCACCAAAUUUACUAUUAGUUAAUGAAGGAAAAACACUAAAAAUAUGUGAUUUUGGGACUGCUUGUGACAAAAAAACAUAUAUGACUAAUAAUAAAGGUAGUGCAGCUUGGAUGGCACCUGAAGUAUUUGAAGGUUCAAAUUAUACUGAAAAAUGUGAUAUAUAUAGCUGGGGUAUUAUUUUAUGGCAAGUUUUAACAAGACUGAAACCAUUUAAUGAAAUUGGUGGAUCUGCUUAUGGAAUUAUGUGGGCUGUACAUAAGGGAACCAGACCACCAAUAUUUGAACAAUGCCCUCGACCGUUCCAGGAAUUGAUUACUGAGUGUUGGGAUCAAAAUCCAAAUGUUAGGCCAUCAAUAGAUCAUGUCGUUCAGGUUAUGAGGAUUUUAAUACAAUUUUGUUCUGGACAUGACCAACCAUUAAUGUAUCCCAAUUAUUGUUAUUCCAUUAGUAGUGAAUUUGAAGAAGACUGUACUUCUGAGGAUUCAUGUCCAGACAUUUCCGACUCCUAUAUUGAAAGCUUAAGAAGUCAUAAAGGAAUAAAUGGAAUGUUGACAAAUGAUAGUUUAAAAUCUAACCCCAAUUUAUCAAUACCAUUAAAUGUUAAUGUAGAGAACAAGUUUGAUCAAUAUGAAGACUUAAAAAUAUUAACCAUGCCUGGAUUUGACAAAAUGGGGGCUUAUCAGACUGUUGAUUCAACUGACCGAGAAGAUGAAUCAAAUUCACAGUGUCAAAGUCUAGAUGACACUAAUAAUGUAAAAGGUGUUUCUGGAACACAUCCUGAACUGGAUAAUUUGUACUUGAUGUUAGAUCAACAGUUGCAUCCAAUACCCCCAGAUAACACUUGUCCACAAUCAGUUCAAAUAUUUGAAGAACACAAACAGCUUGCUCAAGAAUAUUUAAAAGUGCAAACUGAAAGAGCAUAUUUAUCUAGACAUAUGGAGCAAUUGGCAGAGCGGUUAAGUCAGGAAGAAAUCUUGUGUGAUGAAGAAGUAGAUGAAGAUGACGAAGAACUUAAAAAGCUCAAAAAUGAAAAAGAAAAUUUAACACAAUUAAGCCAGAAUCUCAAAAAACAACUAGAAAUGAUACAUGUAAAAAAAAGUAACCACUCAAAUGAAAAUGAACCAUCAUCAUAGUGGUCAUGAAUUGUUUUGUAUUUGACUAAGAAGCUUAAAGUGAACAUACUUUGCAUCAUAGUUCAUUACUUAGAGUAACUUAUUGAUUGUUAAAUACUUAAAUAUGGAGCUGGCUGACAGUAUAAGCAAUUCACUCUCCAGUAUUUUUCAAAAUUUAGUCUACUAUAUUUAGGUUUUUUUCUAGGUAACAUUAUAAGAUACAGUAAUUGCACAUCAUGUUAAAACCCAAUAUUUUGACAUACUUACGAAAGUAUUCUGUACACAUAAAGACAAAUUUUAAUACUCAUGUAAUUUAUUUAUGAUCUCUCAAACCUAAAUAAAAUAUAUAUUUGAUUUAAAAAUUAUUUCCAAUGCAAAGUUUUAACUCUCUUUUAAAUAUUAUUAACAUUUUGUUUUAAAGGAAAUAAUUGGUAAAAUUGGUAAAAUUAUAUACUUGCUCCCCACAAAAUUAUCAGUGAAAUAACAGCAUUAUUAAUUAUUAUAUACAAAAAAUAUUGAUUUCAACUAGAAAUGCGGUGUAGAAACUUAAGAUUCAUUAUUUUAAACACUUCUAAGUAUAUAGCGGACAGCAUAAUGCUUAAAAUAUCUAUUAAAUUACCUAUACUUACUUAAAUAUGUAGAACUAUUCACAAAAAUCUAAUUAUGAUGUUAAGUCACAUCCAUUUUUUACCCAUCAACAAAUCAUAAUUAAGUUAAAAUGACCAACUUGUAUAUAAAUAAUUAUAGUUAAGAACAUUGAUAUAAUAUUAUCAGUUAUCACAGUAUAUCAGUAUGUGAAAAUAAAAAUUAACCAUAAUUUCACCAAAAAUACAGCCAGCUCUAUUCAACAUACUAAAGACAGUACAAAUAACAUAAUACUUUAUCUAAUUUUAUUUUGGUAACUUAUUGUGUGUGUAUUUGUUAAUUUUAAUUUUUCACAUUAAACCUGGUAAAUUAAGGGGUUUGGAGUUUUGUAUCCCUUAAGCCGCAUCCAGAUUUAGGAUACAAUUGUCUUUGUUGGAAACAAAAAUGUAUGUUAAAAGGACGUUAAAUGAGUAUUUUAAAAUUGUUAAUUGUUUAUACAUCCUAGAAUACUCAUUUAAAAUUUUUUAUGUUACACACUUGUAAGACGGAAACAAAAUGUAUCCUAUGUCUGAAUACGGCUUACAAAAAAUUAAUGAAGAAUUAUAUUGUAUAAAUAUUAAAUAUGAUAGUUUAUAAAAAAAUUUGAGAUGAACUUGUUACAUCUUGCAUUUAUGUCUAGUUCACAUAUGUUGAACGUUUUUUUCAUUAAUUUUCAGUAUACAUGUUUUUAAUUAUAUAUAAUAUUAACAUACUAAUGUUAAUAUUUUGAUAGUUUUAAAAUAUAAUUUAUUUUGUAUAAUUAAUUAAUAUUAUUAUUUUUUUUAUCUGGUGUGUUAUUAUGUUAUUAUUGUAUUAAAUAUGUACAUUUUAUUUUUAUUUAACAUUUUGGUUAUCUUUUGUAUAAAUGGUUGUCAAAUUUGAGCUCUAGUCCAACAAAAUUGCCUAAUUUUUGUUUAUGAAUUUUAAAGUACUAGAUUGUAUUUAGAAAUAUUUAAAAUGUAUUAUUUACAUUUAAAUUUUAAACCCAUUCAUAACAUUGAUAAAACAAAAAUAACAAUUCUUUUAUGUUAUUAUUAAAUAAUAUUAUAAUAUAAUAUAUAAUAUGUUUAAAAAAUAAUAACAAUAUUAAUUUUAGUAAAUACAUAGAAACGUAAUUUUAUGUUAUACAUAUGUAACACUUUAUUUUUUUUUU